AUGGACUGGAAGACUCUGCAGGCCCUGCUCAGCGGGGUCAACAAGUACUCCACGGCCUUCGGCCGCAUCUGGCUCUCCGUGGUCUUUGUCUUCCGAGUGCUGGUCUACGUGGUGGCGGCCGAGCGGGUCUGGGGGGAUGAGCAGAAGGACUUUGACUGCAACACGCGCCAGCCGGGCUGCACCAACGUCUGCUACGACCACUUCUUCCCCAUCUCCCACAUCCGCCUCUGGGCCCUGCAGCUCAUCUUCGUCACUUGCCCUUCCCUCCUGGUCAUCAUGCACGUGAGCUACCGGGAGGACCGCGAGAAGAAGAACCGGGAGAAAAACGGGGAGAAUUGCCCCAAGCUCUACAGCAACACGGGCAAGAAGCACGGUGGGCUGUGGUGGACGUACCUGCUCAGCCUCUUCUUCAAGCUUAUCAUAGAGAUCUUGUUCCUCUACCUCCUCCACAAGAUGUGGGACAGCUUUGACUUGCCACGGCUGGUCAAGUGCUCCAACGUGGAGCCCUGCCCCAACACUGUGGACUGCUACAUCGCUCGGCCCACUGAGAAAAGAGUCUUCACCUAUUUCAUGGUCGGAGCCUCCUCCAUCUGCAUCAUCCUCACCGUCUGUGAGAUCUUCUACCUCAUCUUCAAGCGGGUUGUGCAGAGCACACGGAAGUGGAGGAAGUCCAUCAAGCGCUCCGUCAGCUACAGCAAGGCCUCCACCUGCCAGUGCCACCUCAAGACAGAGGAGAAGGACAACAAGUCCCAGACGAGGUGUGUGGCAGCCCUGUGA